UUGAGUUAUAAAGCUGUUUCCCUUCUUGAAAACCACCCCCAGAUCAGACAAGAGGGGUCGUUCCUCCUGGUCUCCUGAUUCUCGUCCUCUUCUACACCGACCCGGUCCUCGCCAGCUCCCAAGUCCUGCAACAAUGUCUUUCGGUACCAAGGCCAAGCUUCUUUCCGGCGACGAGAUCCCCACUCUCGGCUAUGGCACGUGGCAGUCAAAGCCCGGUGAGGUGUCGGUCGGCAUCUAUGAGGCCCUGAAGGCCGGUUACCGCCACCUGGACCUGGCCAAGAUCUACGAGAACCAGAAGGAGGUCGCCGAGGGGCUGCACAAGGGCAUCAAGGACUUUGGCAUCAAGCGUGAGGACCUCUUCAUCACCUCCAAGCUGUGGAACAACGCCCACCGCCCCGAGCACGUCGAGAAGGCCCUCGACGACACCCUCGCCGAGCUGCGCCUCGACUACCUCGACCUCUACCUCAUCCACUGGCCCGUCGCCUUCCCCCUCGAGGGCGCCAUCGGCGAGGUGCUCUUCCCCAAGCACAAGGAGAAGCAGGGCGAGGUUGCCCUCGACAACGGCGUCUCCCUGGUCGACACCUGGAAGGCCCUUGUGGCCCUCCCCAAGACCAAGGCCAGGAACAUCGGCGUCUCCAACUUCACCGUCGACCACCUCAAGGCCGUCGAGGAAGCCUCCGGCGUCCGCCCGUCCGUCAACCAGGUCGAGCGCCACCCCCGCCUCAACCAGAACGACUCCCUGGUCCCCUACGCCAAGGAGAAGGGCAUCCACAUCACCGCCUACUCCGCCUUUGGCAACAACAGCUUCGGCCUGCCCCUUCUCAUCACCCACCCCACCGUCGAGGCCAUCGCCAACAAGCACAGCGCCACCGGCGCCCAGGUCAUCCUGGCCUGGUCCCAGGUCGGCGGCCACAGCGUCAUCCCCAAGUCCGUCACCCCCAGCCGCAUCGCCGCCAACUUCCAGGAGAUCAAGCUUGAUGACGACGACGUCAAGCAGAUCAACGACAUCGGCAGCAACGAGUACCAGCGCUUCAACGUCCCCGCUUCCUGUGAGUGGCCUCUGCUUCCCCUGCCAGCCCUGCCCGGCCGAGAAUGCUGACCCCGAUGCCUCCACAGACAACCCGAAGUGGGACAUCAACAUCUGGGAUGAUGAGAAGGAGAAGACUGCCUCCAACAAGGUGGUUGUGGUCUAGUAGUCUUUUGGACGGCGGGGCUGGGGUCGCGCAACGUGUUGGUAGAUGCCUCCGUAUAGGAUUGCAGCAAAAGCAAGAAAAGAAAAGAAAUUUGAACCUCGGUUUGCAUGUGCAUUCGACAGGCCAUGACCCCAGCGGCAAGCGUUUGCAUCGAGAAUGAGGCAAGGGGCCGGGGGUUGACGGGCUCGCAAUGAAUGGUCUCGCAGGCUUGUGAUGUGAUGAGACGGUCAAUGCUGCUCCACGGCCAGAACAGCCAAGGCGGUCACGGUCACCCCAACACGCCAUGCUCGGUGUCGGUAAACUUGGGGAGAAGGGCUCACUCAGGAUUGGCAAGGUAUUUCGUUACCACACUAGCAGAGCGGCGGCGGAGCCCUGCAGACGCUCACUGAUCAGCCGUCGUCAGACCUUGGACUCCACGCUAUUCCUUCGAAAUGUGGAAAGCCGGAUUUCCCCCUGGUCCAAGGGGCUUCUACUGCCGUCCAAGAAUGUGCUGUCGGCGGGGGUGGAGGCUGUAAGAAGCAUCGACUUGCGGCUGCUGCCACCACCACCACCAUCUUCAUCCACGUCGAAGUUGACAUAGCUACGCUUGCGGAGCCUCCUCUUCUGCCUACUCCUGCUCUGUGCCGACGGCCGGCUCGGUUGGUCUGACUCCUCACCUGCACUGCUCCCAAUGCCCAAGCAACGUGGCGCAUAGCGCGCGAUCAAAAUGCGGAUCGAUGGAAGGCAGGGACAAACCACGCCGAUGUCGAUCUCAAUCCCAGACCAGAUCCCUACCUCGACGAAGUCUCCUGUGUGCAGCUGUCUCACAAGACUGACGACGAAGAAUCUGCGGCCAACAACCAUCAGCUCGGAGGCAACUAAACAGGCCAGGUGCCGCGACAGGCUCGAACUGGAACACUCACGCCAGGCCGACAGUCAACAUGAUGCCCGCGAACAUCUUUCUCCUCCAGCUGAGAUUCAACUUCCAGAUCCCAGGCCAAGGAAGUGCAAUGAGCCACAAGUCCAGGGCUAUUCCAGCCCCGGCAGCCGCCCACGCAAGGGCGUUGGCAUUCCCGCAAUGACCCCGUACAGAUUCCUGCUUGUCCCACUGGUACCAGAAGAAACGUGUAGGCUGGCACUGCAGAAUAACGGCAAGAGUGAAAGACGUGAUGUGAACGGCGUUGAGGACCCCCGUCCAAUAGACGAAACAGUAGGUCGUAUAGUUGGAGGUUCGCGGGAAGAUACGGAGGUAGAAAAAGAUGAUGGAGGCGCGGAUCAGGCCCCUCGUCACGGCGUACAAGCCCAUGUUGACCCAGAAUAUUAGCAGAAGCCACGUGAUAUAGUCAUAGGGGACGUCCCAGACGUCGGUGCCCAUCCCGAGGGCCGCGGCACUGAUGUUUGUCGCGGCGAAGGCGGCGCAGCCCGCCUGUUUGUGUGCGGAUCAGUAACUAUAUCUUGCGUUUGCUUUUGAUUUGCUUCUGCAUUUUUUGCUCUUCUUUUUUCCUUGGCCGCAACUACGGC